AUGUCUGAGUUAACUCCACCGGCCGAAACAGGGAAGAGCAAAACGGACGGCACUUUCCAAACGUCCACUGAAAGUCAAACCAAGGCGGACCUGCCGCCAGGGGAAUGGGAGACCGACGACGUACGUGAUAAGCGCCGUCAACGGCUGCUGAAAUGCCUCGGCGAUAACAUAUUGCACAACUAUCCGUUUGCUAAGUUUGUCAAAUCACUAGGUGUGAAAGAGCAGUAUAAUCGGUUUAUCAAGGAUUGGCCUGAUCUCUUCCUCAGAAUAGCCAGGGGGUCGCCAGUGGCUAAUAGCAGAGGCAUCAUAGCCAAUACACGCCGCUUGAAUGCCAGACUCAGUAAUUUGCCCAUUACUGACGUCUUCAUAUCUCAUCCAAAGUUGAUGGGGCUGACUAGGGAAGCUCGUUUGGUCAAAUAUUUUACCCUUCUCUUCAACAAGAUGGUCAAUGUGGUUCGUGUUGCAAAUGAAGAUAUUCCAGCAGGCAGAACUCCAAUCCCAAGCUGCAGGGUUAGCCUGAAGGACCAUCAGAGUGAUGUUAUACAAGCCACUCCACAUAAGCCAGCUAUUGCAUUUUACCACAACUACACAACACGGGACAUUCAUUCCGUCCAUGCUAUACUCGAGGCCAAGGCGGAUCCAAACCCCAGCAGAACCCCAGAGGAUAUUCAUGGCCAGCUUGCAGAUUAUGGCCAUUUGCUUAAUUAUAGGCAGCCAACGCGCACAUUUGCACCUGUCUUCUACCUCCAUGGACACCUCCUGACGCUCCAUGCAUAUUAUCGUGACAAACUGCAUUUCUGUAACGUCUCAGAGGAAUCUGACUUUUUCAUUUUUUCAAAGAAAGUCGAUGUGGAGAGCAAGGGCGAUUCGAAGAUUGAGGUCUUAUUCUCGGUUUCCAAGGAUGUCAAGGAUGGUGAGGAUGUUGCUUCUUCAUUUCGAUUUGAGGAGACAAUAGCACGUUAUUCAUACAUGGUUGGGCGCCAUGUUCAUUUACUCAAGAGGACUUACAAAGACCAUGCUGCUGUGCUGAAGCUUUCCUGGACCCCAGUCAAUCGUUUGCCUGAGGGCGCUGCAUACGCCAUCCUCAACAAGAGACCAGUUGAAUGUAUUCCAGAGGUCUUUUUGAAGGGUCUGCUCAUCAGCAACCUUAAUGGAUACCAACUGGAGUUUGUGCUCAUGGAGUACUGUGGCCAGUCAAUGGCCAAGUAUCUUAAAGACAAGGCCAACGAUCAAAAAGAUGAGCUGGUUCCUGGCUUUGUCAAGCAGCUGACCCUGUGCCUUGCCCAGCCAAAUGAAAUUGGUCUCCUGCACAGGGACAUCUCGGCAAGAAAUGUGUGCAUCAAAAACGACAAGGUAUUAUUGGCUGGGGAUGCUGCCAGGGACACUGACCCAACUCAGCUCAAACACAUUGAGAUUGCCGAGCAGUGGGAGUUCAAUGCAACAACAGUGGGACGGGUGGAGGUGGCCAAAGACCCAUUUAUAGGGACGCUACUUUUCAUGGGAAUUGCCAUUCUCAGCAGAAACCCCAUCCAGGGAAUCCUUGAUGACUUGGAGAGUAUUUUCUAUGUCAUUAUGGAUGCAGCGCGCCCAGCUUAUACUGAGAGGGAUGACGUUCAGGGGUUCAAGUUCCUGGACUCUUCAUCCCUUGCCAUUAUAAGGUGGGGUUUGAUCCAAGAGGAUGCUGUCUUGCUGGAGGAGUUUGGUGUUAAAAAUAUUAGCCCUAGGCUCAUAAAGCUCAUUCGUGUGAUGCGCCAGUUCCUGUUUGAAUCAGAAAACAAGAUUAUGACCCACCAGCUCUGGUCGAGCAAUAAAUUUGUUCGAUGGGCCAACUGGGAUGCUGCUCCUGAGUUUAUGCACCCCAAGGCGAUUGAGCUCCUUAAAGAUGAUAUUGGACAACUUAAGCGGCCAGCUGGGGACGAGGACAAGGACAAUGCUGAGCCAUCACUCAGCAAAAAGCCUAUAAUUUAG